CGAGUGACGUUUAAUGUGAAUAAUGUGCUUGCCUGACUAAAUAAAUUGAAUGCGUGCAUGGGGAUUUUUCUGUAGCCGAUGCAGUCACACCUAAUAAAGUCAUGAAUAGUGGGAGCAACAGAGUGGUUUGUGCAACACCCUUCAAUUGAAGCAGUGGGAAACUAACCAAAGUGGCCACAUGUCUCACAAAAACGAAUCAAAAAUGCCAUCACGGUUAGUUUAAGGGAGCAGAAGAAUGAUUUUCGGUUCAACUCUGAGCUGGAUUUGCCAGUCUUUGCAAUUAGUUUGUUUGUUUUCUCUCGUUAGCCUUUAGCUAACAUCGUCUGUGUGAUUUCGCUGUUCAUUUUGUUAGUAUUUUUGUAAAAGAAGCCCAAUAACUUUUUUGCCGACGUGAACAUCUGGAUACCGCCCAAGCCUAAGUGGUUUACACUUAAAAUCAUAUUUCAGCCUUAUCUUAUGGCUCCCCCAAAUGUGAUGGCAACCCAUAGGACUGUUUGUAUAUAAUUACACCUGUUUCCAAUAUAAGCACACAUACACCCAUCUCCAGUUAUGAUGAGCACACAUGAUGACAUCCCCCUGGACAGUACUACGCCUAGAUUGACUAGCCACAAUGAAGAGCGGAAUCUCCUUCGCAUCCGAGAGUGGGAGAGGCGGAACCAGGAAGCCCUCCAGGAGAAGGAGUUCUACCAGGAGAACGUUCCCCUUUUUGGGGAACCCUACAAGACAAACAAAGGAGAUGAGCUUUCCAGCCGUAUACAGAGGAUGCUGGGUAGUUAUGAAGAUGUGAACAUCUCCAACUCUCAUCUGUGUUUGGACAGUAGCUUCUCUAAUGACCCCCCAUCUCACGUCACCACAACAUAUAGGCGGCCAUCUCACAGCCGAGACAGAGUGAAGCCUGCAUUCCAGAACACUCCUCUGUACGGGGCAGGCCAGAAUGGUAGUGGUGGUCCCUCCAUUAGCAGGCAAACUUCUCAGCCUCUGAAGAGGCUCCCUGUUCCCUCCUCCCACACCCAGUCCUCACUGGGUCUCAGUCAAGGCCAGGCCAGCCCUGAUCCCCUCCAGGGGAAAGCUGAACCCUGCCCCUGGCCAGACCUGAGGGAGUGUGCCAGUCUUACUCCGGUCCUCUCCACCCUGUCCCCCCCAGCUGAACCCCUAUCCCCCCUACAUUCCAGUGACUCUGAGCCCCAGGACACCCCUGACAGGCACCAAGGAUCCCCCCUGCAUCCUGACUCCCCUGUCCCAAUGGAGGGGUCCCCUCUGGAUGACCCCCAGAGAGACAUCCCACUUCUGGCCAUCGAGGGAGCAACAACCCUGCCCUCUCAGACAUUCCCUCUACCACUGGCCUCUAAACCAAAUCUGGUCAUGCCCCAGAAGCCCACAGCCUACGUCCGGCCCAUGGACGGCCAGGACCAGGUGACCAGCGAGUCUCCGGAUCUCAAGCCCUCUCCUGAAGGCUUCCAUGGACAGUCUUAUCAUGAACCCUUACCAGACUUGAAAAGCACCAAGCCCAGCCUUUCCAAACUGAAGAUUCCAUCACAGUCUAUAGAGACUCUGUCAAAUAAAGCUCACUGUGUGGAGGACAUUCUGAGGGAAAUGACCCACUCCUGGCCUCCUCUCCUGACUGCCAUCCACACACCCAGCACAGCUGAGCUCUCCAAGUUCUCCUUCCCAGUCAAGGAAGCACAGCAUGUCCCACCUGCAUUUCCAGGACAAAAACACUAUGGAUCACCUCCACUAGCCUCUUCCUCCAGACUCAUCUGUCAACAGAGCUCUUCGUCCUUCAGUACAGUUGUAGCAACACAUUCCAGUGGGGUGGAGUCAGCCAGCUCCAGUGACUCCGAGAGCAGCUCAGGGUCAGACUCAGACAGUGAGAGCAGUGAGAGUGGGACAGAGGAGGCCCCACAACCCAUCAGGAGCAGCAGCCCACCAGUACCCAAGGCUGAAGGCCCCGUGGUGACUAACUGGCAGCUGAAUAACUGGAUCAGAGUGAGCCAGCAGAACCCCAUCACAGAGAGCCAUAGUGACACUGUCCAAAGCCCUUUACCGAAACAGCAGCAGAGCCAUGACUCAGAGGAGGAGGCCAUUCCUCCCAGGGACUACAAAUCCCACACACCACCACAAUACCCAGAGUUCAGCGAUAGUGAAGCCAAACCUCCAGGAAGUGAGGACAUUGCCUGCAAACAGCAUGUCCGCAACAAGUCCCUGGCCGUCUCACAUGUUGGGGACAGCAGCAGCCAGAGAAAAACUGUGGGGAACAAACAUCCCUCCAGACCAGUUAAGGCUCCCCGUCCUGAGGACUCCCAGGCUGGGCUGCGGGUGGAGAGUGUGGAGGUGGCCCCCCGCGACAAAGACCCCUCGUUCACAGACAGGCCAAAGGUCAAAACGAAAACCGGGCACAGCAGCAAGAGUGGCAGCGCCAUAACGGGCAGUAAGAAGCCGGCCAAGCGCAACUCUUUGGAGAAGAGGAAGACUAAACAACCAGAGUCUGGAAGCAGUGGUCCCAAGAUGACUCUGAUGCUGGACUGUAAGAGGGAGAGGUCUCGCAGUCCCAGCCCUGCCCGGGUGGUGGAAACCUCCGUCAGUGUCAGGAAAGAGACCGUCCCGGCCCCUCAGAAGGGCCAGAAAACACCCAGGAGCAACUCUGCAGCUGCAGCACACCAGGCCAAACGGGAGUCCUCAGCCAACGCUUCCAGGGCCCCCAAGGGACCUCCACAUGCCCUGCUGGUGAAGAUUGAGCUCAAUCUGCUGUCCAGGGUCCCUCCCCAGGGCACCAGGCCUUCUCAUGGAGGCCAGGAACCAACCAGCAGGAAGAGACCCAACAUAGCCCCAGAGAGGGGAGACGGGGACCCUGCUUCCCCCAUCACUACCAAAGUCUGCAAAAAGAGACCGGCUGAGAAGGAUGCGAAAUCCCUGCCAAGGAAGAAGCCAAAACUGGAGAAAGAUCCCAAACACUCCUCUUCAUGUCCUGGUUCUGGCAAGUCUGCGACGCCCAAGAACCCUGGAGAGGAGGAGGUAGAGAGGAAGCGGUCGAAGAAGGGGGCUUCUGUCCCUCUGCAAGACCCUGGGAAAGAGCCGGGGAGGCGCAAGCGGCAUGCAGGGGAGACCCCAGAGCCCAACGCUGCCUCAGCAGCCAAAAGCAAGGACAGGGAGGCCUCCACCCCCGUCAAACACAAGAAGGGCACUGGGAAACGACACACAGAGCAUUCCAAGACUGGCAAGGCCCCCAAGAGCAGCUUUGCCUUCUCUGUACCUGCCCAGCUCACCGGGGGUUCCCUGUCCUCCAGACCCCUGCUCAAGGUCGAGGACAGGCAGCACCCAGUGGAGUAUCAUAUGAAGGAAGCCAAAAAACUCAAGCACAAAGCAGAUGCCACGUCUGAUAAGGUGGGCAAAGCUUUCAACUACCUCGAUGCUGCCAUGUCCUUUGUGGAGAGCGGCAUCGCUAUGGAAACCGAUCCCCAGACCCCGAAGUCGGCAUAUACGAUGUUCGCUGAAACCUUGGAUCUGAUAAGGUUCAUACUGAAACUGAAGGGUUCUAUGGACCCCUCUGCCCCUGUUACAGACAAGGAUUUUACAAUAUUAUGUAUGAGGUGCCAGUCCCUUCUACAGAUGGCCAUGUUUCGCUACAAAAGAGAAACGGCACUUAAGUAUUCAAGGACCCUCACGGAUCAUUUCAAGAGCUCCUCCAAGUCUGCAGCCCCCUCCCAAUGUGUCUCAAAAAGCACGGGCACACCAUCCCCCAUGUCUCCCAUGCCGUCUCCUGCCAGCACAGCCAGCUCUGGGCCAGGCUCCAAUCACAGCAGUGGGGUGGGGAUGGGCAAUGUGAGCACUGUGGCCAUUCCCCAGGUCAUCCAGCAGGUGGCAUCGUCCUACGUCAACAUCACAGCACUCUUCCUGAGUGCUCACGACAUCUGGGAGCAGGCUGACGAGCUGGCACACAGAGGCAGUGGUUUGUUGUCUGAGCUGGACUCAGCUCUGGGCCAGUUGAGCCUGACCUCCACCAUGAGCUCUCUGGUGCGUCACACACGGCAGGGACUGCAGUGGCUCCGACUGGACACCUGCGAGACACAGUGACUGUUUCUCAACCCCACCCAGCACUACACAGCCCUGCUUACUCCUGCCGUACUCCUACAGUACCCAGCCGUGGAUAACCCUGUCCGGGACAUCCUAUUUGGCUUUAUUUAUUGACAGGCCAUCAGGCGAAAGCAGGAUCCCAAGUCCCUCCUCUACAAGUUGUUCAUAUGGAUACAAAGUCAACUUUUAUUAAAUUUUUCCCAACUACCUAUGAAACUGAUGUUCAGAGACCCUGUGUCCCACACACUUCCGGGUCCUCUGUUGGUCACAUGGAUGGGUCCAUUAACAAAACAACUAUCACAUCCACCUCUGGAUCUCUGGAGGCAGCAGGGCCUGCUAGACCUGUAGUGAGUUGAAUGAGACUCUCCCUUUCUGAAAAAUUUGUCACACAGCCAACUGACUGUGGCCUGACCACCCCUCUGGGCCCUGUAUCCCCUGGGGGUUAGACAGUGGGAAGGUUGGCUGAAGAACUGACUCCCACCCUUCUCCUGUGGUAAUGCAAAGCAGUGAUGAUAAAAAGCUUAUUUAUUAGCCUUAUUAUAUUAUCACUAUUUUUAUAUUGUUUCAGUAAAAUGUUGUUUGAUCAAAAGCGGUGUCAUGGCCAAUAUUUACUUCACCCAGCUGAAAAGGCCUAUAGAACUACAGGUAUCCAUCCAUCCCAUCCUAUAAUAAUAGUAAUAAUAGUAUUGGUCAACUCCUGCAGAAUAUAACCAGUAUCUCUGCGCUCCAUAAAGUAUUUCUAAAUUGGUUUUGCCCUGAAAAAUUGACAUGCCACAAGAUGGCCCUGGUCACUUUCUGUGAAUAUGUUUGUUUAUUAUUAUUACUCUCUCUUAUCUUCAAAGGAGAUUGAAUUUACCUGCCAGGACGGGUCCACUAUGUUAAUUCAGUCAUAACAGAAAUAUAGUGCAUACGGAAAUUAUUCAGGCCCCUUGAGUUUUUCCAAAUUUUGUAACGUUAAAGCCUUAUUCUAAAAUGGAUUAUAUUGUUUUUUGCCCUUCAUCAAACUACACAAAAUACCCCAUAAUGGCAAAGCAAAAACAAGUUCAUAUCAAUGUUUUCAAAUUAAUAUAAAAAAAAUGAAAUCACAAUUACAUAAGUAUGCACACCCUUUUUCAGUACUUUGUUGAAACACCUUUGGCAGCGAUUACAGCCUCGAGUCUUGG